UUUCUUCCUAAACUUUCAAGUCAAUUCUUGUUCUUCUUUUUCAUGUGCUUUCUACCCUGUUUGUUCUUCUUGUGUUUGCAGCUUCUUCUUUUCUAGAAAAAUUGAUACUAUAAUCAAUUGUAUAUGACAUAUUAACAGAUAGUUUAACCUUGCAUGAGUCUUUAUCUUUUUUUUUAUUUGGUUUAUUUGGAGAUUAUGGUAGAUUUGGCUAUUUGGCUAUCUUUCCCAUGAUUAUGUUGGACAGACAUAAAUGAUACAUAGUAGAUCUUUGCAGCCUACCUCGUGUAACCUCCUCAAAUAUUAUGUACUAAUUCUUAAUGAUAGUUAUAAUCAGUGAAAACUUGGUUAAAUAUUAGUUAGUGGAAACAAUUAUUAAUCUUUGAACUCUUUUUUUUUUUUUACCUUCGAAACUGCUGUUAAUAAUUAUAAUUAUAUUGGAGAUAUUGAAAAAUGAUGGCUUGGUAUCAUCCUAUUAGGACCCAGAUUUAAAUAAAUUCAGAAUUCCCAACAUAACAUCUAAAUUCAGCAACUAAAAAGUGACAAAGUUUGAAAAAAGGAAACCAAUAGGCCAUUCUUUUUCUAAGGGUCUCCAGACAAGAAGGCCAAUGCUCUUUAUUCCUUUAGGUUUGCUUGUUGGGACAAGGUAUAGUAUUGAUUAAGCUAGGCAUCAUCAGGAUCAUGUACCAUCAUUCCAAUUCAAGAAAAAGUGUACUGCUGGGAUUAUCAUAUAACUUUGUCUUUACAUUUGCAAUUGGGUAUAAAGCUAGCUGGUCUCAGCCUCGUCUUAGUUUCAUUUACAAAUGGUGGCUGUGGCUGCCUUAUUUUUCCAGGGCAGUGUUAAGAGGUGUAUAGGAUGGGAGGGAUAAGUUGAUGUUUGCAGCUCUUAAUUCCAAGUACCAAAACCCAAGUUUUUAUAACUCGUUUCAAGAAUCUCAUUAAAAAACUCUGCUGGUUUUUCCUCUCUUGAGACUAUGUCGAGCCAUUAAUGAGGAAGGGCAUUUUCUGAGAAGAAUAACCUGCAACUACUACUAAACCUGCUUUAUUUCACAAGUACUGUUUGUUCCUACAAAAACGAGCCAUGAAUGAGUUUGGAACUGGAAGGUCAGUGCCAUGGAACAUAUACCCAAGUUCAGAUCCGACUCCAUCUCAACCAGUAGUUGAUAAGGAAACUCCAUUGAAAAACUUGGGGACAUCCAUGAAUGCCAUUUCUUUUGGCUUUGUUGCUACUGCCAUCUUGAUAUCAAUGUUUGUUAUCAUGGCCAUCUUUGAACACCUUUUUCAGCCAAAUCCUGCUUUUUCUUCCCCCAAUCAAGACGGUGCUGUUGGAUCUGGCGCAGCUGAAAAAGUCGGGAAUCCACAAAGAGUAUCGACAUCAUAUGCAACUGAUUUGUCAGUAGUGAUGCCAGGAGAACAACAUCCUACCUAUAUAGCUCAACUUGCUCCCCUCCCUUGCCCAAGGGAAGGCAUCUAUUGGCCUCCCCAUGAACAUAAUUUUGUAUAUCCUUAAACAUACAUCAUCCAUGAAUGAUGCAUGUAUAUUUAUCAGCAAUCAACCUUCCCUUCUUCGAUACUAUUUAUCCAAUGAAAUAUUAUUACAUCUUGAAGCUGGUUUGCGAGCCCUCAUUUUUGGAGCAAAUCUGUCAAAUAUCACAGAUGACCUAUUUGGCAAAUGCAAAUUCCUCUGUUACAAAUUUAGAGCUUAUUGCUAGAAAGUUUUCAUUGGUAUUAUGUUUCAAUUGAACAAUCCUUGCAUCAAAAA